AUGCUAAACAAGGCAUUGGAGGCUUUUGGUGAUUUCAGGGAUGAUGAGGAACUUGGGCCUGCUGAUUGGAUUACUGUGAAGAAAUAUAUUACAUGUUUGAAUGACUUGGAAGAUGAACAAGCACAUCCUCAUGAUGGUCCUGACAUAGAUGAUCAUGUGCAUACAAUGAAUUUGAGGGAUACACGAGUGCGGCUUUUGAAUGGUGUGCAAGCCGCUUACUGGGGAAUGCUUGAAGAGGGACGAAUAACUCAAUCUACAGCAAAUAUGUUAAUGAGAUCUGUUGAUGAGGCUAUGGAUCUUGUUUCUAGCCAAUCAUUAUGCGACUGGAAUGGUUUGCGGUCCAGUGUUCAUUUCCCAAAGUAUUAUAGGUUCCUUCAGAUGAGCAGAUUGCCACGAAGGCUUGUCACAUACUUCACAGUAGAAAGAUUGGAGUUAGGAUGCUACAUUUGUGCGGCAUUUCUCCGUGCUCAUAGAAUUGCGAGGAGACAACUACAUGAUUUUCUUGGUGAUAGUGAUAUUGCAAGAAUUGUCAUCAAUGAAAGUACUGCUGCGGGGGAGGAAGCUAAAAAGUUUCUGGAAGAUGUUCGUGUUACAUUCCCUCAGGUGCUUCGUGUAUUAAAGACUCGACAAGUAACUUAUGCGGUAUUGACACACUUGAGCGACUAUAUUCAAGACCUCGGGAAGACAGGGUUGCUCGAGGAAAAGGAAAUAGUCCAUCUCGAUGAUGCUUUGCAGACAGACUUGAAGAAACUUAAGAGGAAUCCACCGCUGGUGAAAAUGCCAAGAGUUAGCGAACUUCUAAACACCCAUCCUUUAGUUGGUGCACUGCCUGCUGCUGCUCGUGAUCCGUUGUUAAGUAAUACAAAAGAAUCAAUAAAAGGACAUGGAACCAUCCUUUAUAGGGAAGGCUCAAGGCCAACUGGUAAAUGGCUUGUUUCGACUGGAAUUGUAAAGUGGACAAGUCAGAGACUCAGCACCAGGCAUUCACUGGAUCCAAUUUUGUCACAUGGAAGCACUUUGGGUCUAUACGAGGCAUUAAUUGGAAAGCCAUAUAUUUGUGACAUUAUUACAGAAUCGGUGGUGCAUUGUUUCUUCAUUGAAGCUGAAAAAAUAGAGCAACUGCGCCAGUAUGAUCCUUCUAUUGAGGAUUUCAUGUGGCAGAUCAAGGAUCCUGUAAACCUGUAA